ACAUUUCCCCUCAUUUAGUGCUUUCCAGAAUUUCUAUCAUUAAUUAAAGGACCUUCCCUCACCAUCCCUCCCCAACAACAACAACAAAACUCAUCCAUUCCCCAAUUGCCUGUCAGAGGCUAAACAAAAGUCAGUCUAUCACAGCAGCAGGGACGGUCAUGCCAAUUUCGCAGUAUGAUUUGUGCACUCAUUUCAUUUUGAAAAUGACCCUGCCCUCCAUCUGUCUAAGCCGAAUGUCCUGCUUUUUUCAAGCCAGGCCUUGGGAGCAGCAGCACAUGAACUAAGGAGGAAGACACAGGACAGCCUCCCUCCUGCCCACUUCAGCUGCUCACAGACAGGUACCAGCACAAAGAAGGGACCCUCCACUGAUGCCUGCGGGGAUCAGAGAAAUCUGGGGGAGAGCAGAGUCCUUCUAUUUUGCAUACCUUUCCAAGAAGCCAUUUGAGGGUGAAUGCUCUCAUGACGCAAAUACAACUCUGGAGAUCCAACUGAUAGACCGAAGUUAUAAAAGGCAAUUUCCCAUUUCCAUGUUCUGUCCUGUUACCUUGAUUUACAAUAGCAACUUGUCCUAAGUAAUAGGUCAUACAUAAUGACUUUAAAAUAUUGAGCCUGAGUUUCCAAGGGCCAAGUGUAGUCAGGCAGCCAUAAAAGUGAAGCUCCUCCCUCCCACUCCCACUCGUUCCUAAUUACUGACCAGCAUGAGCAAGCAUCCCUCAACCCAGGCACUUCCCUGGGUAGAAGGCCCUAAAAGGGUGCACCCAGAGAUCAGGUUGAAAGAAGUAAUGUGGGCCUCAUCAGCUGCUUUCUCUGGGGAUCUUAGGUCGGCCAGAAUGCCACUCAGCUCCUCUGAAAUGGGUAGGUACAGUUUGUCCUCUUCUCGGUAUUGAUGAAAGGAAAGUUUCACUGUCUGGUCCACCCAGAAGGACAGAGCUCUGCCAAUUUCUCAGCAAGGAAGAAGAAUGAGGACAGAAGGUCAGUUGUGUUGCUAUACAGUCAAUCACAUGCUUGCAGAAGUCUCCUUCCUGCUAUACUGGGUGACUAGGAACUAUACAACCCACCCACACCAGACUAGUUAUUUCCUAACACCUGCUCAAAGCUGCAAUUCAGAACUGGAAGUUCAAAUUUCUACUACCCACACCAAGAUGGUUGGUUGUUCUCAUGGAGAAAAAAAAAAAUACACUAAUAUUCCAGCAUACGGUGUGGCACCAAAUGCUGGAUCUCUACAAACUCAUCUAUAGGAAAUGCAUGGACUAGGUUAGGAGCAGUCACUGUCUUCUACUGAAACUAGCUGCUGGAUAUCAAGGCACUGCUGCUUACCACUUAGCUGUGUGGUCUUGAGCAAAUUAUUUAAAACUCUCUAGUAUACAGAUUCCUUAUUGGUAAUAUGCAGAACACAUGGUAGUGAUUAAGAUUAGAAAUAAUAUAUGUAAAUGUUCUAGCAAAGUGUGGCACAAUAACAAAUUGCAACUGGUAUCAGCUCUGGAAUUUAUAUGUAGAAAAGAUGUAUGGGCAGUAAAACUAUUUAGGAGGCAGAUAAAGGAUUUGCACAGAAGUCUUUAAGCAUAUAGUAUAUAGCAAAGAUGUUUAUUCAAACACUGUUUAUCUUAAGUACUAUACAGGAGAAUGCACAUCACUGAUGAUCAAUGGAGAUGUAGGGAGAUUAGGAAGACUGGUUUCUUUCUUUUCUUCUUCCCUUUUUUUUGGGUCUUUUUAGCCACACUAGGCCAGAAGUUUAAUUGGUGCUGUAGCCACUGGCCUACCUACGCCAUGGGCACAGCAACGUGGGAUCCAAGCCAAACUGGGUCUGUGACCUACACCACAAGUCACCUCAACGCCAGACCCUUAACCCACUGAUUGGGCCCAAGGAUCUAACCCGCAACCUCAUGGUUACUAGUCGGGUUGUUACCGCUGAGCCACAUAAGGAACUUCAUGGCUGGUUUCUUAUUUGUAGCGAAAGUUGAUAGACCAGGCCAAUAGAUAUAGCCAAAAUUAAACGUCAACAUCUGCUCUGUAAUAAUUGUUUGUGAAGGGAGCGAGGGGAAGGCCCCUAGAUCUAAAAUUGAACAUUUCCCAGUACCAGAUAAUAGUCACAAAACCAUUUCCCAUCGUUAACUAUAGAAACGACAAAAAUAAGGAUUCUUAUCUUCUACAUCCUGUCUUAGUGUGCCCUCAAGGCAGCUUAAAAACAGAACUUACUGUAAUUCCAGGGGAAUUCCAAAGAAAUACUACACCUUUUCCUUCACAGUAAAUUACAAAAACAAACCGCAAAACACACAUUUGUAUGUACUUCAGAGUACAAGGCUAAAACCGCAAGAAACUUCAGACCGCAAAUCUUCCCUCCCCAGGCCAGAGACGGUAACAAACAGGAAGCCAGAAACACUGAACCACAUCACCAAAAGAAAGUAAGUGAAACCUUGGCUCUCCACGCCCUGUCUGUCCGGUAGAGACUACGCCUCCCAGCAUGCAGCGCGGUCACGUCCCGUGCUGGCGAGAUCUGACCGGUGCAUGCCGGGAAGUCGAGUUUCUAUCUCUGAACCUCAAGGAGGCGUUUCCUCUACCUUGCUUGACUCACGACUUUCGCAGUCCCGAGUGUUUGAAGACUAAUACAGUAGUUGAAAGAUUCACCUCAUUAAUUCCUUUUUAUUCCUUACAGAAUUUUCCGCUGCAAAGUAAUAGCCGGACGAAUAGCCUUCCGUUUCCGUUUAGCAUGUUGUCUUGGUAACGGGAAUGCACAUUCUCGGCGGCGGUUAUGGCGGGGCUGGGCGGUGCGCAGAUCCCCGACGGGGAAUUCACCACUGUCGUGUACCGCCUCAUCCGGGAUGCCCGCUACGCCGAGGCCGUGCAGCUGCUGGGCGGAGAGCUCCAGGGGAGCCCCAAGAGCCGCGCCGGCUUGUCGCUGCUGGGCUACUGCUACUACCGCCUACAGGAGUUCGCGCUGGCGGCCGAGUGCUAUGAGCAGCUGGGCCAGCUGCACCCAGAGCUGGAGCAGUACCGCCUGUACCAGGCCCAGGCCCUGUACAAGGCCUGCCUUUACCCGGAGGCCACCCGCGUGGCCUUCCUCCUGCUGGACAACCCCGCCUACCACAGCCGGGUCCUCCGUCUCCUAGCGGCGAUCAAGUACAGCGAGGGCGAUCUGCCAGGGGCCAGGAGUCUGGUGGAGCAGCUCCUGAGUGGGGAAGGGAGAGAAGACAGUGGGGGCGAGAACGAGCUGGAUGACCAGGUCAACCUGGGGUGUUUACUCUACAAGGAGGGACACUACGAGGCUGCAUGUUCCAAGUUCUGCGCCUUACAGGCUUCAGGCUACCGGCCUGACCUUUCCUACAAUCUGGCUUUGGCCUAUUACAGCAGCAGGCACUAUGCCUCAGCACUGAAGCACAUCGCCAACAUUAUUGAGCAUGGCAUCCGUCAGCACCCAGAGCUGGGUGUGGGCAUGACGACCGAGGGCAUUGAUGUUCGAAGUGUGGGCAACACCUUAGUUCUUCACCAGACUGCUCUGGUGGAAGCCUUCAACCUCAAGGCCGCCAUAGAAUUCCAGCUGAGAAACUAUGAGGCGGCCCAGGAAGCCCUCACUGACAUGCCACCUAGGGCAGAGGAAGAGUUAGACCCUGUGACCUUGCACAACCAGGCGCUCAUGAACAUGGAUACCAGGCCUACAGAAGGGUUUGAAAAGCUACAAUUUUUGCUCCAGCAGAAUCCUUUUCCUCCAGAGACCUUUGGCAACCUGUUGCUGCUCUACUGUAAAUAUGAGUAUUUUGCUCUGGCCGCAGGUCUGGCAGAGAAUGCCCAUUUGACCUACAAGUUCCUCACACCCUAUCUCUAUGACUUCUUGGAUGCCUUGAUCACUUGCCAGACAGCUCCUGAAGAGGCUUUUAUCAAGCUUGAUGGGCUGGCAGGGGUGCUGACUGAACAGCUCCGGAGACUCACCAAACAAGUGCAGGAAGCAAGACACAACAGAGAUGAUGAAGCUGUCAAAAAGGCAGUGAAUGAAUAUGAUGACGCUUUUGAGAAGUAUAUUCCUGUGUUAAUGGCCCAGGCCAAAAUCUACUGGAACCUUGAAAAUUACCCAAUGGUGGAAAAGAUCUUACGCAAAUCUGUAGAAUUCUGUAAUGACCAUGACGUGUGGAAGCUGAAUGUGGCUCAUGUUCUGUUCAUGCAGGAAAACAAAUACAAAGAAGCCAUAGGUUUUUAUGAGCCCAUCGUCAAGAAGCACUAUGACAACAUCCUGAAUGUCAGUGCUAUUGUAUUGGCUAACCUGUGUGUGUCUUAUAUCAUGACAAGUCAAAAUGAAGAAGCUGAGGAGCUGAUGAGGAAGAUUGAAAAAGAGGAGGAGCAGCUCUCCUAUGAUGACCCCGAUAAGAAAAUCUACCAUCUCUGCAUUGUGAAUUUGGUGAUCGGGACGCUUUAUUGUGCCAAAGGAAAUUAUGACUUUGGUAUUUCUCUUAUCAAAAGCUUGGAGCCUUAUAAUAAAAAACUGGGAACUGAUACCUGGUAUUAUGCCAAAAGAUGCUUCCUCUCAUUAUUAGAGAACAUGUCAAAACACACGCUCAUGCUUCGUGACAGUGUCAUUCAAGAAUGUGUCCAGUUUUUAGAACACUGUGAACUUUAUGGCAGGAACAUACCUGCCAUUAUUGAACAACCCCUGGAAGAAGAAAGAAUGCACAUUGGAAAGAAUACGGUCACAUAUGAAUCCAGACAAUUAAAAGCCUUGAUUUAUGAGAUUAUAGGAUGGAAUAUGUAGUAAUAUCUGAUAGUGGCUUCUAAUGGCUUUAUAUCUAUGGUUUUCACUCUGUUUUAUCUGUAGUUAGCUCUUAAUAAUCUUUACAUUUGUUACAUGUUGAACUUUGUACACUUUAAAAUUAUAAUUAAAAUAAUUCAGAUGUAUCUUCUGAGAAACCUCACAAAAUAAUUAAAAUAAAAAGAACUUGAAUCCUAGAAGGAUUUACGAAAAAUUCAAAAGUGAAUCAAGAACUGUUUCCAAUAGUAUUUAGCCUACAUUCUGUCUCCUUUGAAUCUGAAAAAAAUCCUGCAUGAAAAGAUUGCAUCAUCCAGGGUCCAGGCACUAUCAAGCCCAGAACUCAGUAAGUGUAUAGAACAUCUGGACAUCAAUAAUAACAUCAAGGAUUUUGUGUUCUACUCCAAUAGUUUACACUUAAGUAACAUUAAUUUGUAAUGCAUAUAUUUUGCAUAGAUUUUAGUAUUUCUUGGCAGAAUUUUCUGAUACAAUUGUAAUGCUUUAACAAAAAUUCCAUCUAUUUUUUCUAAUCUGCAAGAUUCAGUAGGAAAUCUAAUGCAUUAACAAAAUUAUGGUGGUAUGGUGUGGAGACAAUAAACAGUUGACACAUUUCCAUGGUUUUCUUUUUGUCCAUUUGUUAGCAAUUUGAAUAUAUGAGCAUAAAUAAGAUGCGAUCUUACUUUUUUCAUAGUUGAUCUUUAACAGUGAUUAAUAACAGUUAGCCUUAGAACUGGGUUCUUAAUUCCUAUUUCUACUUAGGACACUUAUUUUUACUUUGUUUUUGUGUUGUAGCCCUUGGAAAAGGAAAAAUAUUCUACGCUAUUUUAAUGACCCCAUCAAACACUCCUACUCAUAUUUUGAAGUGCUAUAAUGGAUUCUGAAACCUUAUUUGUUAGAUUCAUAAUGCAGUUUCAUAGUCAAAAGUCAGUAGUGUGGGCGGGUUCUCAUUGUGAGCCCCACUCAUUCUACACGGGCAUUUAAUUUUCUAUAAGCUACAAGAGCUUUACUAUCUCCCUCACCCCUUAUACCUUUGCUCUUCAUAAAACUGUCAUGCCCACUUGACCUGGUUUAGAAAAAGUCAAAAGCUUUAGGUUGAAUCAUGAAACCUGAUUUUGAAAGUUUUCAGCCUAUAAAAAGCAAUUCCUAUGGUUCAUUCUAAUAGCUCUCAAUGAACAGUUAGGAAUUCCUGCUACAAAAACAAAACAAAAACAAAAAAAAAAAACUACAUAGGUACCCAGAUGAAGCAUACUGAGAAUACUUCUGUAGCAUGACAUCUCUGGGUACUGAAAU